UGCUUUUGUAAUUUCUGGCUCCAGGCUGAGCCAGGGAGGGGCCAGUGGAUGGACCAGGACAGGUGGCCUUGACAUGUGAUGCUUGCCCGCUGACAACUCAGUCCUCACUUUUAGAACGGUUUCCAGAAGUGAUGGAAGGGGGUGGGCAGGACAACUAAAUAUAGUCCUGGGGCCAAGACUCAGUCUGGGAGGGUCUGUCUGCGAUUCACUGUGUGCCCUCACCCGUGGUGUCGGCUCCCAGCUGUGCCUGUGGGUCCCCUGUCCUUGCUCUGAGCUUGCUGCUUGCCCUUUGUCUGUCUCCAGACACAGCUCUGACACCCACCUAAGGUUAGGCCUGACCUUGAGUGGGCCUCCUGGGAGUCUCUUUUCGCCCAAGAUCUCCAUCCAGACCUGUCCGUCAUGUCGGCUGCGCCGGGCCUCCUGCACCAGGAGCUGUCCUGCCCGCUCUGCCUGCAGCUGUUCGACGCGCCCGUGACGGCCGAGUGCGGCCACAGCUUCUGCCGCGCCUGCCUGAGCCGCGUGGCUGGGGAGCCGGCGGCGGACGGCACGGUGCCCUGCCCGAGCUGCCAGGCACUCACGCGGCCGCAGGCGCUCAGCACCAACCUGCAGCUGGCGCGCCUGGUGGAGGGGCUGGCGCAGGUGCCGCAGGGCCACUGCCAGGAGCACCUCGACCCGCUCAGCAUCUACUGCGAGCAGGACCGAGCGCUCGUGUGCGGCGUGUGCGCCUCGCUCGGUUCGCACCGCGGCCACCGCUUGCUGCCCGCCGCCGAAGCUCAUGCGCGCCUCAAGACGCAACUGCCGCAGCAGAAGCUGCAGCUGCAGGAGGCGUGCAUGCGCAAGGAGAAGAGUGUGGCUGUGCUGGAACAUCAGCUGAUGGAGGUGGAGGAGACGGUGCGUCAGUUCCGGGGGGCUGUCGGGGAGCAGCUGGGCAAGAUGCGGGUGUUCCUGGCGGCACUGGAGGGCUCCUUGGACCGUGAGGCUGAGCGAGUGCGGGGUGAGGCAGGGGUCGCCUUGCGGCGGGAGCUGGGAAGCCUGAACUCUUACCUGGAGCAGCUACGGCAGAUGGAGAAGGUCCUGGAGGAGGUGGCCGACAAGCCCCAGACUGAGUUCCUCAUGAAAUAUUGCCUGGUGACCAGCAGGCUACAGAAGAUCCUGGCAGAAUCACCACCGCCUGCCCGUCUGGACAUCCAGCUGCCUGUCAUCUCAGAUGACUUCAAAUUCCAGGUGUGGAGGAAGAUGUUCCGGGCUCUGAUGCCAGUUAUGAAGGACCUGACCUUUGACCCGAGCACGGCCCACCCGAGCCUGGUGCUGUCUCCCUCCGGCCGCCGCGUGGAGUGCUCGGAGCAGAAGGCGCCGCCGGCCGGAGAGGACCCGUGCCAGUUCGACAAGGCUGUGGCGGUGGUGACGCACCAGCUGCUGUCCGACGGCGAGCACUACUGGGAGGUGGAGGUGGGCGAUAAGCCGCGCUGGGCCCUCGGCGUGAUCGCGGCCCAGGCCAGCCGCCGCGGCCGCCUGCACGCCGUGCCCUCGCAAGGCCUCUGGCUGAUCGGGCUGCGAGACGGCAAGAUCCUGGAGGCGCACGUCGAAGCCAAGGAGCCGCGCUCACUGCGCACCCCUGAGAGGCGGCCGUGGCGCAUUGGGAUCUACCUAAGCUUCGGCGACGGAGUCCUCUCCUUUUAUGAUGCCAGCGACGCCGACGCCCUCGAGCUGCUCUUUGCCUUCCACGAGCGCCUGCCCGGGCCCGUGUACCCCUUCUUCGACGUGUGCUGGCACGACAAGGGCAAAAACGCGCAGCCGCUGCUGCUCGUAGGGGCUGAUGGCGAGGAGGCCUGAGCCGCCCACUGGGUUGGGGAGGGGGGCAGGGUCCUGCAGGCCUGGAAGGAGACGGGGCACGCAGGGGUUGUCAGGACUGAAGGCAGGGCCACGGUGGGGUGGGGGUGGGGGUUGGGGACGGGACACUCUAAGAGUUUUGAGAAGUUGGAAGUUUUAGGGGUUGGAGUGGCUGCGGGGAAGGGAGAUCUAAAGUUAGGUCAGUAAGGAAAUCCCAGUUUGGGAACCAGGAAGCCCAAAAUUUCCAGGAAGAAAUUGAAGUUGAGGGAAGGAGUGAAAAGGGUCAGGUGUCUGGGGUGGGGGGGAUCUGAAGAACUCUGUAGAGCAAGGAGCUCCUUCAGCCUCACGUUCCCCUCCUUCUUGGUGGCCUUGGGGCAAGGGGUCCAGACCCACCAUACAGAAAGGUCUUUCCCUUCAUGGUUCUCCAACUUGGGCGUGCAUCAAAACCACUUUUUCAAAGCAUGUAACAGUGACUUGUUAAAGCAGAGUGCUGAGUUUCUGGUUCACUAGGUCUGGGGGCAGGACAAAAUUUUGCUUUUCUAACAAGUUCCCCGGGGCUAUGCUGUUCCUGCAGGUUAUAAGUGGGAUCACCUGGAGAACCCCGGACUUAGACACUGGUCUGUUCAGUAAACUCUCCAUUACACAGAAUCAGUUAUCAGAUAGCUAUCAGCUCUCAGGAGUAGAAAACACAAACUGUAUUCCUCUGGCGAUUCAACAGUCAUUGAAAAACUGCCAGAGCCCACGCUAAGUGAAUAAACUGACCCCCAAACUAUU